AUGGGGGUUCCAGCAUUUUUCAGAUGGUUAUCCAGAAAAUACCCUAAAAUCAUAACGCCAGUUAUCGAAGAGACUCAGGGAAUAGAUGAGUUUGGUGGUCCCAAUUAUAAUGAUCCGAAUCCUAACGGAGAAAUAGAUAAUUUAUAUCUAGAUAUGAAUGGUAUUGUCCAUCCAUGUACUCAUCCCGAACAUAAACCACCACCAGAAACCGAAGAUGAAAUGUUAUUAGAUGUAUUUCAAUAUACUGAAAGAGUUCUUAUGAUGGCCAGACCAAGAAAAGUUUUAAUGAUGGCUGUUGAUGGAGUAGCGCCUAGAGCUAAAAUGAAUCAACAGCGUGCUAGAAGAUUUAGAGCAGCUCAAGAUGCAAAGAUAGCUGCUGAAACAAGAGAACAAGAAUUAAGAGAAAGAGAAUUGAGAGGUGAAAUGAUUGAACAAGCCAUCAAAGGUAAGAAAUCUUGGGAUACCAAUGCUAUUACUCCAGGUACACCAUUCAUGGAUAAGUUGGGUCAAGCUUUGAAAUAUUGGGUAGCUUAUAAGAUGAGUAAUGAUCCUGGUUGGAAAGAUUUACAAGUCAUCAUUAGUGACUCUUCAGUACCAGGAGAAGGGGAACAUAAAUUGAUGAAUUUCAUCAGAUCUCAAAGAACUGAUCCUCAAUAUGAUCCAAAUACUAAACAUUGUAUCUAUGGAUUGGAUGCUGAUUUGAUUUUCUUGGGUUUAGCUACUCAUGAGCCUCAUUUCAGAGUUUUAAGAGAAGACGUGUUUGCUAAUCAAUCUAGAAGAUUAAAUCAUAGUGAAAAAAUGAACAUGACAGAAGAAGAUAAAGAAUUGAUCAAACAACAAGAUGCUCAAAAGCCAUUUUUAUGGUUACAUAUUAAUGUUUUGAGGGAAUAUUUAGCAGUAGAGUUAUUUAAUCCUAAAUUACCUUUUGCUUUUGAUGUUGAAAGAGCUAUAGAUGAUUGGAUUUUCAUGUGUUUCUUCGUGGGUAAUGAUUUCCUACCUCACAUUGCAAGUUUGGAUGUUAGGGAUAAUGGUAUUGAAACUUUGGUUGGUUGUUGGAAAAAAGUGUUACCUAAUUUACCUAAUUAUGUGACUUGUGAUGGUAAUUUGAACUUAAAAUCCGUCAUUAAGUUAAUGAACGAAUUAGGUUCUAAGGAAGAUGAUAUAUUCAAGAAAAGAUAUGAAGUUGAAAGAAGAAGGGAAGAAAAUCAAAAACGUAGAAGAAACUGGGAAGAACAAGAAAAGACAGUUAGAAAUCAUUUCUUACCUACCUUAACUAAAGGUAAAGAUAAAGCACCUAUAGUUGCGGACACUUCAAUGCCUUUGAUGUCCACAUCAGGAGAGAUUGUUGAAGGAUAUGCCAAAUUUUCUAACAGUGAUAUUGUCAAUAACUUAUCUACCAUCAACAAAGCUAAUCAAGCUAAUGCUGAUGCAGCUGAAAGAUUAAAACAUUUAAUAGCUACCAAGAAUAAUCCAAGUGCUGUUGAAGCUGUGAAAGCCAUGGAAAAUCCUAAGAAAAGAAAACUCGACGAAUCAUCAGAGAGUGAAUCUGAACCAAUUGUUUUGAAUAAACCUAGUGAAUCAGAGACCGAAAAAGAAACCGAUAAAGAAACUGAGGUUGAAGAUGAUAUCAGAAACUGGGAAGCUGGUUAUAAUAAACGUUAUUAUCAAUUAAAAUUCCAUAUAAAGACUGAUGAAGAAGUAGAAGAACAACGUAGAACCGUGGCUUACCAUUAUUUAGAAGGGAUUUCAUGGGUUUUAUUAUAUUAUUAUCAAGGAUGUCCUUCAUGGCAAUGGUAUUUCCCAUAUCAUUACGCUCCUUUUGCUCAAGAUUUCCAACACGUCGAUGAAUCUAUCUUAGAAAAGGGUAUCACUUUCACUAAAGAUAAACCUUUCAGACCUUUUGAACAAUUGAUGUCAGUUAUGCCUGCCGCUUCAAGUCAUACUUUACCUGAUGGAUUUGAACCUUUAAUGAAAGAUGAUGAUUCUCCAAUUAUUGAUUUCUAUCCUGAAGAUUUUGAGAUCGAUAUGAAUGGUGCUAAGAUGGCCUGGCAAGGUAUCCCUUUAUUACCAUUCAUUGAUGAGAAUAGAUUAUUGAAAGCUGUAGAAAAAGUCUACGCUACAUUGACUCCUGAGGAAAUUAAUAGAAAUACUUUAAAAGAUGAUGUAUUAUUUAUAUCUUGUCAAAACAAACAUUUCACCAAUUUCACCAGUCUUUACAAGGACGAAAAUAUCAAAGAGAUCAAAUUCAGAGGUGGUAAAACGGGGAUCUCAGGUACUGUUCAACCAAGUGAAGGAUUUGAUAUCGAGGGAGUUUUCAAGUUUCCGUUAAAAGAAGGAGAAUUACCAGAUUUGAAUAAUAAUGAAUACUUACAAAUGAUGUACCAUAUGCCACCAAGAUUGAUGAUUGGUAAGUCGAUGUUAUUGAAUGGUUAUAUUUCUCAUACUCCCGCAUUACAACAAAGUGAUAUUGAUGGAAUAAUGUAUGGAAGUCAAAAGAGAUUCAGAAGUCCUAAUGAUAACAGAGAUUAUGUCAAUAACGGACCCCAAGGAAAGAAAGUGUUCAUGAUGUAUGGAAGUAGAAAAGGGGGAUAUAGAGCGAUGAUGGUCAACAAGGAGAAAUCUCAAGGGUACCAAGGUAAUCAAGGUAAUUAUAACCAAAACCGCAACCAGAACUACAAUCAAGGGAACUAUAACCAGAACUAUCAAGGAAACCAUAACAAUUAUAAUCAAGGUUAUAAUCAGAACUAUAAUCAAGGUUACAAUCAGAACUAUAACCAAAACUAUAACCAGAACUAUAACCAAAAUUAUAACCAAAAUUAUAACAAGAACUACAACCAGAACUACAACCAGAACUACAACCAGAAUCAAAGAAAUGGAUAUAACCAGAAUCAAGGGUAUCAGAACCAAUAUCAGAAUCAAGGAUAUAAUCAAGGAUAUAACCAAGGUUAUAAUCAGGGAAAUAAUCAAGGAUAUCAAGGGCAAUAUCAAAAUCAAAAUGGUAACGGUCAAUACAAUCAACAAUACGGAAAUAACCAAUAUGGCAAUGGCCAGGACAGAAGUCGUAACGGUUAUAGAUAA